AGGGGACUGUCCCGUUACUGACUAAUAAAUACAGUACAUUGGUUGUUUUGCUCUUGAAAGCUGAAAGAUGUCGACAGGGACGGAAGGAAACGCUUUGUGCUUCUUUGUGAACGGGGAAAAGGUAACAGAGGAACAUGCAGACCCUGAAACAAUGCUGCUUCCCUUCCUCAGGGAGAAGAUGAGGUUAACUGGAACCAAGUAUGGCUGCGGUGGUGGAGGCUGUGGGGCGUGCACGGUCAUGGUGUCACGCUACCAACCCGCAACUAAAACCAUCACCCAUUACUCAGCCAACGCCUGCCUCCUGCCGCUGUGUCAGCUGCACGGAGCAGCCAUCACCACCGUGGAGGGGGUCGGGAGCACCAAGACCAGACUCCACCCGGUACAGGAGCGAAUAGCGAAGGCUCAUGGAUCCCAGUGCGGCUUCUGCACUCCGGGGAUGGUGAUGUCCAUGUAUGCUCUGCUGAGGAACAAGCCUCAGCCGACCAUGGAGGACCUCACUCAAGCUCUGGCUGGUAACCUGUGCCGCUGUACUGGAUACCGACCCAUUGUGGACGGUUACAGGACCUUCUGUCAGGAAGGAAACUGCUGCCAAGCCAAUGGAGACGGAAAGUGUUGCCUCAACGGAGACGGAGAAACUGAUGAACAUGAGCAGGAAAAGCCACGCCUGUUUGGAAAAGAGGAGUUUCUGCCGUUGGACCCGACUCAGGAGCUCAUCUUCCCUCCAGAACUGAUUCUGAUGGCAGAGAAGGCAAAGCCACAGACUCUCACCUUCCAUGGGGAGAGGAUGCGCUGGGUCUCCCCCGCCUCAUUGGAGGAACUGGUCCAACUCAAGACCAGACACCCCGAGGCUCCACUUGUGAUGGGGAACACCAACAUAGGUCCAGACAUAAAAUUCAAAGGCGUGCUGCAUCCAUUGAUCAUAUCUCCAACCAGAGUCGUGGAGCUGUUUGCGGUUUCUCAAACACCUGAGGGAGUCUGGGUGGGAGCAGGCUGCAGUUUGUCUGAGCUUCACUCUCUCUUGGAGAAGUUGGUUCCUCAGUUCCCAGAGGAGAAGACAGAGCUGUUCAGAGCCCUGGAGCAGCAGCUGGGAAACCUGGGAAGCCAGCAGAUCCGUAACGUUGCUACUCUUGGAGGCCACAUCGUGAGCGCAUAUCCUAACUCAGACCUGAACCCUGUCUUGGCUGCAGGAAGCUGCAAAGUCAGCGUCAUUUCCAGCAGAGGAAGACGAGAGGUUCUCAUCAAUCAGGACUUCUUUGUUGGCUUUGGGAAAACCAUCUUGAGGCCAGAGGAGAUUGUUGUCUCUGUUUUCAUCCCGUUUACCAGAAAGGGGGAGUUUGUUCGAGCUCUCCGUCAGGCUGCGAGGAAGGAGGUCUCCUUCCCCACUGUGACGUCAGGGAUGAGGGUGCUCUUCUCAGAGGGAUCCAGAGCGGUUCAGGAUGUCAGUCUGUACUUCGGAGGAGUCGGUCCAACCACCGUUAGAGCCUCCAAAACCUGCGCAGCCAUUAUCUCAAGGCCGUGGGAUGACGAGACCCUCAGUCGGGCCUAUGAUGUUCUUUUGGAUGAGUUGACCCUUCCUCCCUCUGCUCCUGGAGGGAAGGUUGAGUUUCGUCGUUCCCUUACUCUCAGCCUCCUCUUCAAAUUCAACCUGGAGGUUCUGCAUAAGCUCAAAGAAAUGAACCUGAUCACAGAAGAGCUGCCGGAGAAGAUGCUUCCUUUACCUAAAGAGAUCCAGCCCAGUCUGCAGGAGUUCCACCCGGUGCCAAAGGACCAGAGCGAGCAGGACCCGGUGGGACGUCCCAUCAUGCAUCGCUCGGCCUUCAGCCAGGCCACAGGCGAGGCCGUGUACUGCGACGACAUCCCCAGAACAGACGGGGAACUCUUCCUGGUUCUGGUCACCAGCUCUCGAGCACACGCUAAGAUCACAGAGCUGGAUGUAAGAGACGCCCUGCAGCUUCCUGGUGUGGUCGACGUCAUCAUGGCCAAAGAUAUUCCCGGGAAGAAAGUACGCAGCAUGUUUGGUUACGAUGAGGAGCUGCUGGCCGAGGACGAGGUGUCAUGCGUUGGUCAGAUGUUGUGUGCAGUGGUCGCAGAUACGAAGGCUCACGCCAAACGUGGAGCAGCCGCAGUGAAGAUCGGCUACGAAGACUUACCUGACCCCAUUUUCACCAUUGAGGAAGCCGUGGAGAAGUCAUCGUUCUUCUUGCCUCAGCGAACAAUUGAGAGAGGAAAUGUGAAGGAAGCUUUUAAAAACAUCGACCAGGUUUAUGAAGGAGAGAUACGAAUGGGAGGUCAGGAGCAUUUCUACAUGGAGACUCAGACCAUGCUGGUUGUUCCUGUUGGCGAAGAGACAGAGUUCAACGUCUACAUCUCCACUCAGUGGCCAACUUUAGUUCAGGAUGCAGUUGCAGAGACAUUGAACGUCCCAUCCAACAGAGUCACCACUCAUGUCAAAAGAAUGGGAGGAGCUUUUGGAGGGAAGGUCAUUAAAACCUCCAUCUUGGCCUCUAUCACCUCUGUGGCUGCAUGGAAGACCGGUCGUGCUGUUCGCUGUGUGCUGGAGCGAGGUGAGGACAUGUUGAUCACUGGAGGACGACAUCCACUCGUGGCAAAAUACAAGGUGGGUUUCAUGAAAGACGGAAGGAUCAUGGCUGCAGAUAUGCAGUUUUAUGUCAACGCUGGCAACACUGCGGAUGAAUCUGUUCUGGUCGCUGAGAAGAUUCUGCUUCACAUGGAUAACGCUUACAAAAUUCCAAACCUACGAGGUCGCUCCUCGGCCUGCAGGACAAACCUGCCCUCCAACACCACCUUCAGGGGCUUUGGUGUCCCCCAGACUAUCUUCAUCAUGGAGAACAUGGUCAACGAUGUGGCCAUGGCACUGGGACGUCCUGCAGACGAGGUAGCACCUCAAUCCUCCUCAUGUUUUAUUGAUCUUGUAAAACUGUGUCUAACGUCGUCUUUGAUUGUUCAGAUUCGGGAGGUCAACAUGUACAGAGGGCCGUCGGUUACACACUACAAGUUUGAGUUCAGCCCUGAGAACAUGCUGCGCUGCUGGGAGGAAUGUAAGAUUAAGAGUGACUACAGCUCCCGUUGCCAAGCCAUCGCCCAGUUUAACCAACAGAACCGCUGGAAGAAGAGGGGGAUAUCCGUGGUUCCCAUCAAAUAUGGCAUCGCAUUCGCAGAUGGUCUCUUCAACCAGGCUGCAGCUCUGGUCCACAUCUACAAAGACGGGUCAGUUCUGGUGUCUCAUGGGGGGGCAGAGAUGGGUCAGGGAAUCCACACGAAAAUGCAGCAGGUUGCGAGCCGGGAACUUCACGUCCCGUCCUCAAAGAUCUACAUCAGCGAAACCAGCACCAGCUCCGUUCCCAACACUUGUCCGUCUGCAGCUUCUUUUGGCACCGACGCCAACGGCAUGGCGGUCAAGAACGCCUGUGAGACUCUGUACCAACGACUGGAGCCCAUCAGGAAGAAGAGCCCCAAAGGAUCAUGGGAGAGUUGGGUCAGAGACGCUUUCUUUGAGAAGAUCAGUUUAUCAGCUACUGGAUUCCACCGAGGUCCAGACCUGUACAUGGACUGGGACAAGAUGGAGGGUCAGCCUUACGCCUACUUCACAUUUGGAGUGUGUUGCAGUGAAGUGGAGCUGGACGUCCUCACUGGAGACUACAGGACGGUGAGGACGGACCUCGUUGUCGACAUCGGCAAAAGUGUGAAUCCAUGCGUCGACAUUGGCCAGAUUGAAGGAGCGUUCAUGCAGGGUUUGGGCCUCUACACUCUGGAGGAGUUGAAGUUUUCUCCCUCUGGGUUCCUGUACACUCGAGGUCCGUCCCAGUAUAAGAUCCCAGCGUUGUGCGACGUGCCGCUUCGAUUCAACGUCUACCUGCUGCCGGACUCCAACAACCCCCACGCCAUCUACUCCUCAAAGGGUAUCGGAGAACCUGUUCUGGCCUUGGGCACCUCGGUGUUCCUCGCCAUCAAAGACGCCGUCGCCGCCGCUCGCUCAGAGUCUGGUUUAGUCGGCACGUUUCGUCUGGACAGCCCUGCGACACCAGAGCGAGCCUGUCUGGCCUGCACCUCCCCGUUCACUCAGAAGAUUCCAGCGAGUGAACCAGGAUCCUUUAGACCGUGGGCCUUAAACAUCUGAACCUGAAUCAAACUGAAACUGACUCAACUAAAAAUAAUCAACAGUUAUUCCACUAAUGCAGCAGAAAUGUAUCUCAAAGAAAUCAUUGUUUAUUUUCAGUCGUGUCAGGUAUGAAAUUAAUGUACAGUGUAAUUUUUUUUUCUUUAAUUUAAAGUGUUUCACAUGUGAAAAUCACUAAAUCACAAAAAUCUGAUUUGUCUUCUUGAGGGCCAAUCACACGCCGAUGCACCACGGGACGGUUGUCUUCUUCCUCCUCAGAGAUGAGACCUGCAGGAGCAACAGGAAGUGAAGUUAGAGAGGUGUAUGAGAGGAGGAGGUUAGGAGAUGCAAGUAAGGAGAGUGUGCUGGGUUUCAAACUGUGUUAUUAAGAUUUUAUCUUAAUUAAAAUGAAUGAACUCUGUGAGGAAUUAUCUGGAAUUGCUUAUGGAUAUCCAUUAUCUAUAUAGAAAAAGUUAAAUUCAGUGUCCUCAAUUUAUUGUCAAAGAAAACAACAUGUUUUAUGUAAUAUCAUAAAUGAAUUGAAUCUUGAGUAAAUGAAUGUGGAGGAGAUGAAACAGGGACAGGGGUGGAUCAGAGCUCAGACUUUCCCACACUGGGGUUUGUGUACUGCUUUAUGAGUUAAAGUACAACUCAUACUCUGUUAUACCUCCAACCUGUGCUUCACAGUUGUUUUAUGUGCAAAAAUGAAUAGAGAUCGAACAAAAUAAUGCUUCAAAUAAACACAAGGAAGCUCCAAAAUGAUCUGCUGGACAUUUUAAUUCCAGAUUAUAUUCAAAACUGCAUUUUUUGUUGCCUCGUCCUUUAAUUCCCUGUUGUGAUUUUUUGCCUGAUAUUGUUUUUUCUGCAGGGUCUGUUCUUGUUUGCCUUCACUGAGCAUCUCAUUGCAACUAUAAAUGAUUGCUAGUAGCACUACUAAAACAAAUAUUUAAGUCUGGGACAAAGGUCAACAACUCACCCUUGUUUUAAAUAUAACGUCUUCUAAUUUACUGUAUAAAUACCUAUAAAACAAAGAUAAUUAUAAGAUGAUAUACGGUG